UUAACCUCAUUUCUCAGAUCCGUAGGAUCUCUUCGUUUCCAUGGAGGCUUAAAAACUCUUAAUAGAUAUUCCCUUAACAGAUCAGUGAACCUCUAGUGUAUAACAAAUCAUCUUUCUCUAAAAUUCUCUGUAUUUUUCUCUAAUCUUCACCAUCAUUAGCCUUUUUCUCCAGAUUUGGAGACGAGCUCAGACUCUGUGAUCUUCUGGUUGAGAAAGAAGUUAAGCUGUCUUGGUUUUGAUUAGAUACAAAAAGUGAUCUUUGGGGUGUAGUUAAGAAACUAGGUAGUGAAAAGCUUAUCUAAAAAUGGGAACUCUUAUCUUAGCUGAAGAACAUAGGAACCAGUACUAUUACGAGAAGAAACCUCUAGGUCUAGGCCAUGAUGGUUUUAGACCAUCUCCUUCCAAAACCUUCAGACAAAUCAAUUGCAGAACGUUCCAUUCUGGAGUGGGUUUGCUUCGAAACCCACCAAAGAGAACUCACUCUCCUCCUUCUCCUAAGUCAGUUUUACCGUCGUCUCUAGACUGCGUUAGAACCAAGCCCAUCCCUAUUGGCGAAAGGAGAAGCCUUUCUUAUUACUCUGAGCUAUGGGCAGGACCUACUUACUCCAACUCUCCUCCACCUACUUCAGUUCCCAUUCCUAAGUUCUCUCUCCGUCAAAAGAGGACGGUCUCUUUGACCUUUCCGGCUCCUGACCUUGAUGUUGAUCUUCCUGAAGUUGCCAAGUCUGCUCCGGUUUCUCCAACAUCUUCUGGUGGUAACCCUUUUCAUUGUACUGUCUCUGCAACUAUGACGCUGCGUCGCAUCCUCAAUAUUGAGACUGCUGAUGAAUGAAGAUCAAGGAGUCUUUAGGGGAACAGGGGGUUUAGGGUUUAGUUUUGUGCAUAUAUAAAUAAGGUGGUUAGUCACCAAAGCUGGUUUGAGUUUGUUUAAUAUGGGAAAGGAACACAGAAGCAGUCUUGGCUCAGAGUUGGUCAGCAGUUACUGGAAAUCCUGUGCAGAUUAGAGGUGUUACUGAUGGUGGGGCAGCUGGUUAAUGAGAAGACUUGAUUCUUGGUUUAGCAUAUAGGAUGGGUAAAAGUUUACCAAAAUACCAUGGGUGAUUGAUAAGUUCAUGUGGUGGUGGUGCCCUUUGUAUAGUUUCUCUUUAGAGUCAGUCUUUGUCCCUUUGGCUUCUUUACUUAAGUGGGUUAGAUAGCAACUAGGUUACUGUUCUUCCAAGUCUUACCUUUUGUUUAUAACUCCUUCCUUGUCCAUAUCUUUUCUUUCUUUUAACCCUUUCUCUACUUUCAUGUCUUGAGUCUUAUCUUCCUUUCUAUUUCGUUUCUGCCUAGCCUUAGAGAAGUAAACCUUUCUAGUCUUGUUUAGUGGUCUUCCUAUUCAGCUCUUUUCCUGAUUUUUUUGUAAAGGAAGAAGGGAAUAGGAAGUUCUUUCUUGUUACUCUCUUAGACUAUCUCUACUGGUUAAGAUUCAAUUCUGAUGAAAGAGGAUACUUCUUCUGAAGAAAAUAUAGUUCUCAGGUUCUUCUUGAUCCCACCUAAUCUGCUCACCAGGGACCUAUAGAAGCUGCUUCUCCGCUCUGCUUUUGAUGCUUCAUCGUAGUUGCUUUGUCUCUCUUGUCUUUGGUUAUGUUGCUGUGUUUACAGUGACAAGUAUUGUCUCUACGUAUGUUUUUUUCUUGUCUUUGUUUGUUGCUUGUGACAGUGUUGUAGACGUUUUACUAUCUUGUUUUGAAGGAGAUGUAUCCCUUGUUCCCUAUAAUUAUUAGCAUCUUUCUG